CACCAUGUCAAACCUGUCCCCAUCUACGCAACGAACUUCCCACUGACCCACCCCAAAAUAAGUAAGAGGAGACUACAGAAGAAAUGGCAGCAUUCGCAGCAGGCGGAAUGCCCCCCGUUCUUCGUGGCGGCCGCAACAACCGCACCAUCUACACCGUCUGCGCCGUCAUCGCCGGCGGCCUGAUGCUGCACCGGUACUACACGAGUGCGCCCGUCGAGAAGGAUGCUUUGCCCUUUCCCUACGGCGACCACAAGGAGCCCAAGGGCCGGGCGGCCCCGAAGAAACAGCCUUGAGAUAUCCUCGAAAGCAAUAGUGUUCCCCAGAGCCCAUCUUACAGGUAACUGAUGGGGUCACAUAUUUUCAUAGUUUAGUCUGUUGUUGAAAAUAACAUCUUGUGUCUCCG